GGGUACCGGGAGGGGCCGAGUGCACAUCCUCAUCACCGCGAGGUGAGGCUUUGCCUCCAGCAGUAGCACCGGUGUCUUCUGAGACUGCUGCCUCGGCUUCGUGCUUUCUUCUUUCGUCCCCCUCCCCAAAGGAGUACCCUCCCCUUCACCCCACACCUUGGCGUAGCGUGAACUUCUUGCCUGAGCAUUGUAAAGACUGACUGGUUUGAAAAUGGAAAACCAAGAACCAGCGGAUCCUUCUCAAAAUACCAAACAGUCUAUUAUUUCAGAGGAGUUAAUUUCAGAAGGAAAAUGGGUCAAGCUUGAAAAAACAACGUACAUGGAUCCUACUGGUAAAAUAAGAACGUGGGAAACGGUGAAACGUACGACCAGGAAGGGGCAGUCGGCCGAUGGUGUGGCGGUCAUCCCAGUGCUGCAGCGGACACUUCAUUACGAGUGCAUCGUUCUGGUGAAGCAGUUCCGACCGCCCAUGGGAGGCUACUGCCUAGAGUUCCCUGCAGGUCUCAUCGAUGAUAACGAAAGCCCGGAAGCAGCAGCUCUUCGGGAACUUGAGGAAGAAACUGGCUACAAAGGUGAUGUGGCAGAGUGCUCUCCAGCUGUAUGUAUGGAUCCGGGCUUGACAAACUGUACCACACACAUCGUGACGGUAAUGAUCAACGGAGAUGAUGCUGAAAACGUGAGGCCUAAGCCAAAGCCAGAAUUUGUUGAAGUAAUUUCCUUACCAAAGAAUGACCUGCUGAAGAGACUUGAUGCUCUGGUAGCUGAAGAACAUGUGACAGUGGACGCCAGGGUCUAUUCCUAUGCUCUGGCACUGAAACAUGCAAACACGAAGCCGUUUGAAGUGCCUUUCCUGAAGUUUUAAGGCCAAAGGACAGUAGCCAUGUUUUUACAAACAAGACCACCCACCAGGCCUCCUUCACUAAGACUUUGUUAUUCAGCUUAGCUUAAUGUAGAUCUGAAAUUAGUUUUUUCAUUAAAUAAAAGCAACACAGAAUGCA